AUGCCAGCUCGUUCUCCGCCCGUGUCCCCCGUUAUGCCCGAGGUUAAUUGGCCGCCUAUUCCUCCACCGGCGGACUCAGAACUCGACAGAGCCCUGCGCUUGGAGGAAGAGAAGGAAGCAAAGAAGCGGUCGGACGCGAUCGACCAUGCGAUCGAGCUGGAAAGAGAGGAAAUGCGGAAGCAGCGGCAUAACACGAAGAUUGUCCUUCUAGGACAGGCAGAAUCCGGGAAGUCCACGAUGCUCAAGAAUUUCCAGCUACACUUCGCCCCGAAGGCCUUCCAAGCGGAAACCGAAGCUUGGCGCGCAGUCAUUCAUCUGAAUCUAGUUCGCUCAGUCAAUUUCAUCCUCGACCUCCUCCGUGGGGGAACAAGCAGCGGCUCGAACCGCUUCUCACCUCCGGCAAGUCUUGAUGAUCUUCGCCCACUGCGAAUGCGUCUGUCUCCUUUGCGGCAGGUCGAGAUAAUCCUAGUCAAGCGGCUAUCAGUGGACAACACGUCUCGUGAUGCUGCCGGCAUCGAUGACAGCACUCCGUGGUACUACGGACGAGCAUCGGAGGUUUCUAUCCGAAGUGGGUCGGGAUGGAAGGCAUUGCUGUGUCGGCACCGGCAGCAGUUGAACUCGCAUGCAGACGAGCUGGUCAGCGCAAGGCAGGUAUUGGAUGCUUGUAGGGACGAUAUCGUGACAUUGUGGUCGAAUCCGACGGUGCACGCCGGACUCAGAGGGGAGGGCGUGUGUCUGCAAGAGCAGUCGGGAUUUUUCCUCGACGAGGCACUUCGAGUGGGGCAUAUCGACUAUGAACCUACAUAUACGGACGUCCUUCGGGCACGCUUGCAGACCAUCGGGGUAGAAGAACACCACCUAACGUUUGAGCGACUCGCUUCGCGUGGUGAGAAGUGGAUAUUCUACGACGUAGGGGGUGCUCGGGAACAACGAGCGGCUUGGGUACCAUAUUUUGAGGAUGUGAACGCCGUCAUUUUUCUCUGCCCAAUGUCCGCAUUCGACGAAGUUCUUCUAGAAGACAGAAGCGUGAACCGGCUCCUCGACUCUUUUAACCUAUGGAAAACGAUCUGCUCGAGCAAACUCCUUGGCGACAAGAAUUUUAUAUUACUGCUGAACAAGAGCGACAUUCUAAAGACCAAGUUGGAAUCUGGAGUAUCCUUCGUACGGUACGUCAAGAGCUACAACGACGAGCCAAACGAUGCGGAGCAUGUGUCGGAAUAUCUAAAGCGCAAAUUUGUUUCUAUGCAUAGGCAUCUCUCGCCUCGACGGAGACACCUGCACGUGCACAUAACCUGUGCCAUUGACAUUAGUGUAAUGUCCGCCGUUUUGGUUCGCAUUAGAGAAGUUAUCAUUAUGAAAAAUCUGGCUGCGACAGACUUUCUCUGA